CACCAAUUAACAGCCAAACCCCUUUUGCUUCUUCUCCUUUGUUUUCACACAAGCCGAACUUCUAGAAGAAAAAAUUUCACCCUUCGGAGUUUUGAAUCUUCAAGAAGACAGGAUUUUUAGACGCUUUCCCAGAAAAGUUUCAAUUUUCCUCUGAUUUUCCAUCCAUCCAAACAGCCCUAACAUGGAACAAGAUUCCCUUGUUGAUGAAAACUUCCCUCUCUUCUCCAAAUCCAAAGCUAAGCCUAAACCAAAACCCAAACCCAAACCCCAAAACCCUCAAGAGCAAGACCCUAACUUCACCAAAGAACCUCCACAACUUGAAAAGUUUACAAAUUCAACCCCUGAUUCCUCUACAGCCGCCGCCGCCAAUACCACCACUUUCGCCGACUUGGGUCUCUCCGAGUGGGCCGUUGAGACAUGCAAGGAAUUGGGUAUGCCGCGGCCCACACCGGUCCAGGCUCACUGCAUUCCGAAAAUUUUGGAGGGUCGCGACGUUUUGGGUCUGGCACAGACUGGGAGUGGGAAAACGGCGGCAUUUGCGCUGCCGAUACUGCAGCGGUUGGCGGAAGAGCCGUACGGGGUGUUGGCGUUGGUGAUGACGCCAACGAGGGAGCUGGCGUUUCAGUUGGCUGAGCAGUUUAAGGCUUUGGGUUCUUGCUUGCAUUUGAGGUGUGAGGUGGUGGUUGGAGGCAUGGAUAUGUUAAAUCAAGCCAAGGGAUUGAUGAAUAGACCUCAUGUAGUUAUUGCUACUCCUGGCAGGAUUAAGGUCUUGCUUGAGGAAGAUCCUGAUAUUCCUCAAGUGUUUUCUAGAACCAAGUUUCUGGUGUUGGAUGAAGCUGAUAGAGUUUUAGAUGCUGGCUUUGAAGAGGAGUUACGAGUAGUUUUCCAGUGCUUGCCAAAGAAUAGACAGACCUUGCUAUUUUCUGCAACAAUGACUAGUGACUUACAGACACUGCUAGAGCUUUCUGCAAAUAAAGCAUUCUUUUAUGAAGCAUAUGAAGGCUUCAAGACGGUUGAGACUCUUAAACAACAGUAUAUUUUUAUCCCCAAAAAUGUAAAGGAUGUUUAUCUUGUGCACAUUUUAUCAAAGAUGGAAGAUAUGGGCAUACGUUCGGCUAUAAUAUUUGUCUCCACCUGCAGAAGUUGUCACCUUUUAAGUUUAUUACUGGAAGAACUGGAACAGGAAGCUGCAGCAUUGCAUUCGUUCAAAUCUCAGUCUUCAAGGCUUUCCGCGCUUCACCGAUUCAAAUCAGGACAAGCUACUAUCUUGCUUGCCACUGAUGUUGCGAGUCGUGGUUUGGACAUUCCUACUGUUGACCUUGUGAUAAACUACGAUAUUCCUAGAUAUCCUAGAGAUUAUGUUCAUCGUGUAGGGCGUACUGCAAGAGCAGGCAGAGGCGGCCUUGCUGUGAGCUUUAUUACCCAGAAUGAUGUAGAUCUCAUUCAUGAAAUAGAAGCAGUUAUUGGUAAACAACUAGAAGAAUUCGAAUGCAAAGAGAAAGAUGUUCUUUCUGAUAUUACUACGGUCUACAAGGCCAGACGAGUCGCAACGAUGAAGUCAAUGGACGACGGAUUCGAAGAGAAAGUGAAAGAACGGAAAAAACAGAAAUUCAAAACACUAGCAGAAAAAGGAUUACUGAAGAAAAAGAAUAAAAAGAGAAAAAGAUCUGUUGAUUAGUUUGCUGAUUGUACAUUAUCUUCCUUGUUUACACAUUUAAGCUGCAUUUUGUCCAGCAGCUUCUAAGUAAUUCUUAGUUUAAAACUGAAAUUACUUUGUAUUUUUAGUGAUAAUAUUUAUGUGGCUCAAAGCUAUGAUCACACAGUUUUGAGUACAUAAUUAAAAUAAUAUUUUAUCAUUUAAUUGAGUGUUAUUUUAUUCUCAA